AGAAGAAGUCGCAUGCGUCAGGAGGACCAUGGAGAGCGCCGAGGAAGCCGAGUGGCUCUGCUCCUGGACAGCAGGCGGCAGAGAGGCUGUACAUGACUCAUGGCCAAGCAGCCCAGGACCCCGAAGUUCACAGGGUCUGUGAGUGUGUCUGCCUCAGACUCUUAAAAGAGUUUGAGCAGUCACGCAACAGGCCAAAGGACACAAAGGGGAAAACAAUGCCCAUCCCUCAGUCCAUCGUAAGCGUGUACAGCCACAUCAAACAGCUGCUUGAGGACAGCAGGGUUGUCUGUGAUGACACAGACCUGGUUCUGGUGCCAGUAAACAACACCACAGUCUCUUCAUGGCUGCUUAGGAGGGAUAAAAGGAAGGACAGGGACAUGCUGCUGCAAGGCACUGUACUGCCCAAACAGGUGCACCUGGCAGAGGAGCCUCUCCCUGCUCUGAACACCCUUCCGGCUGCCCCUGUGCAACAUGCACAUGGGGCAAUGACAUUUGAGGAGCCGGAAAAUCACGAGGGGGAAGCUUUCCCCCGCCAGCGCACUCUAGCGGCGAACAAGCCUCCGCCAUCUCCACCUCCCCAGUUCCCUCCACAAUUUGGGCCACUUCCUCCAUUUCCUCAUCUUCCCCCAUAUCCGCACUUUCCAUUUCCAUAUCCUCAUGCACCUCCACUUCCUCAUGCUCCUCCAUUUUACAUUUCUACUCCAUAUCCUCAUGCUCCUCCAUAUGCUCCUCCAUAUCCUCAUGCUCCUCCAUAUGCUCCUCCAUAUCCUCAUGCUCCUCCAUUUCAUGCUCCUCCACUUCCUCAAGCUCCUCCGUUUCCUAAUUCCCUAUCUCCUGAUGCUCCUCCAUCCCAGCCAAGGGCACGCGCCUGGAGGCUCAAUAAAGCUGCCCAGGAGGAUGAGGAGCUUACGUCAAGGGGGGAUCCGGCACGGAAGAGGCUGAGAAAAGAGAACUACCACUAUACCUGCAAGGGGUGCGGCCAGGCCAAAAAUAAAGUCACUGGACACACCCAGCUGAAGGGGCGGUGGUAUUGUCCUGCCUCAGGAAUGACCCUGGAAGAGUGGAGGAAUAGUGUGUAGUUGCUGUCUUUCUGUCUGUCUGUCUCUUUGUUGUUCCUCUCUGUCUCUCUGUCUGUCUCUCUGUUGUUCGUCUCUGUCGUUAAAAUAAAGUUUAAUAAUUGUAUUUGAGCCAAGAACAGCCUUCACGUCUUUAUUUAAUUUCCUCUUGAAUACCAGGACAGUGAGUGUCAUCCAUAAUUGAAUGUGAUUGUUAAAACUAAAGCCAGUCAGAAUCAGAAUAAGCUUUAUUGCCAGGAAGGUUUGCAUCAACCAGGAAUUAUUUGUGGGUAAGUUGGUGCGGAACAUGUAAUUGCACAACAAACAGUCAACAUAAGAUAAAUAAGACAUAUAGUAUAACCAUAUAUAAAAAGAAAGAAUGUGCAGAAAGUGUAUGUGCAAUGUGUAAAGAUAAUUGUGUGUUACUGUAACACAAGGGCUUUUAUGUUAAUUAAGUGUGUAGUGGAGUUAGAGUCCGUGUGUGUAUCUGGGAGGGGGGGGGGGACACGUGACUCGAGAACAAGCGAAGAUGCAAGCGAUAUCGCCAGAGCCCAGGUUCGAAUCCUGCAAAAGACAUGAAAAUUAAAGUGAUGAUACUGUGUGUAAACAAUGUUGAAAAGAUAAGAGAGGUGAUAAAAAAUGAUAUAGUGCACGUUUUCCUCCUUUUUUCUCCUUUUCUUUUUCUCUCUUUCCCCCCUCUUUCCUCUCUCUUUUUUUCUUUUCCCCCGGCCGGGCAGUCCCUUUUGCCCCUUUUUUGGCCGAGUGG